AUGCAUUUCAUGACUACCGCCGUCGCCAUCAUGGCUGGUCUCACUGCCAGCGGCUCCGCCUUCGUGAUUGACACCUACAGUGACACCGGCUGCGACAAGUCCGUUCAAAAAGGCGUCAACACUUGGGACAACACCUGUGCGACCUGGCCGAAAGGUUUCAAGUCUUUCAAGAUCACGACCUGGGGGGGCAAGCGUCAGUACGCGUACUUCUUCGCGCCCGGGAACUGCGGGAGCCUUCCCACGGCCCUUAAGAGUAACUAUGUGGAUUCCGGAUCCUCUUGGGAGCUUGGAAAAUGCUAUGAUUUCAACGGUGCAGCUGCGAAUGCGAUUGCUUCGUACUCUGGUUAA